AUGAAGCUAAGGCCUGAUCCUAGUCAAGUCUUGACACCGGCCAUUGCUGAUCCGUCUCAUCCUCUACCCGAUCAGCUCAGCGUCUUGCUUUCUAGGGACUGUGACUUUUUGGUCCACCCCUUCGCUAAGCAUGCGCUAUUUGUGCUGUCAGGACGCCAUUCCGAUCAGCCCCGCGACUGUGUUGUCCGGCGGAUGUUCCUUGCUUGCCCGGAGAUAAGGCGAUUCAUGUCGGAUGCUACCCUGGCAUUUUCUUGGCACAAUCCAGCCGCUUUACGAUCGUCUCAGAGGCCGAUGGACUCAGGUGCCCUGUAUGGAGUAGUCAAAGGAUGCACCGCCACUAUAGUGGCUGACUCGUUUGCGCUCUUUGGGCAACAAGGCUGUUUGUUGGGCUGCAGCCACUAUUUUGCCAGACUAGAGCUGAUGAGGGGAACUGAGCUGAUUAGCAAUCACCAGAAGCAGGCUGCUUAUCACCGUCACCAGGCUGUGCCUCCUGCACAUGACCGUGUUCUCAGCGACGCAGCUCCGUUCCCUGCUCACCACCACAGUAUCUCCUUUACUUACCACACUCGCACUAAAGCAUGCCAUUUCCAUGUCGUCCAACUCCUGCAAUCAAACCAGAUGAGUAGUCCUCAACCCGGCUCCGAAUUCUGGAGAGCCACUGGAGCUAUUAAGGAUGACCUGGAGAAUCAUACUAAGCGGCGAUAUGAGGUUACCAACCGGUUCGUUACUUAUCAGGAUUUGGUCAAGAUCUUGCAGAAGGAGGGUCGUAUCCACAAGGUACUCUAUACCGACUGCCUCACCACUGAGGAUCUGCACAACAUCCAACACAACUUCAUUGUCAUCCUUACCACUCUCGUAUCGAUCGGUGCCACACAUUGCUUAGCAAACUUUCGGAGUCUAUUCCUGACUGGAAGUAUCACCGAUAAGGAUCUUCCGCUAGAGCGAGAGCAAAUCGAGACAUUCCUCCCAGGUCAUUCAGAGCUAGUCGACCAAUUCGAAUCCCACCAAUGCGACUUCUGCCCAACAGUGAUCUCUUGCACAAGGCUCUUACAUUGUGUUCCUUCGAAGAGUCGACUACCAUUCGAGAAAAAACCUGAAAAGCUGGGCAUUGGGGGCUUUGGCGAAGUUGACUUGGUGACUAUAACGCCGGGGUACUGGGAAUUUGAUAGAGACUGUACCAACAGCUCCGCCUAUAAAGUUGCCUGCAAGAAGUUCAGCUCCGACUCCAAAGAAGCCUUUCUCAAGGAAUAUAAGAAUCUCACAAUUCUGAAGGAGAGUCUUACAACACAGAGUCACAUUUUGCAGCAUUACACAGCGGUGGACCACGAUCCACACAGCUACUAUAUUCUCUUCCCGUAUGCCGAGCACGGAGACUUGUACCAAUUUCUACAUGGUGGGGCAGGGAGUUAUGAGCUUCACAAUCAAUUUCCUCGCCUACCGGUUGAAGGCGAUCCAGCUAUAUUCAAGCCACUGCUGCACCAAUGCUGGGCUCUGGCGUGCGCUAUUGAGUGGUUGCAUGACUAUAUCCAGGUUGAUGGCGAGCACAUCAUGUGUGCACAUUUGGACCUCAAACCGGACAAUAUCCUAAUCAGGAAUGAUGCAAGCUCUGUUGUGGGAAAGUGGAUGAUAUCUGACUUUGGUAUCUCCGUGCUUGAACCUCAGAAGCUUGAUUCCAGCCGUCCACUCAGUGUGCGAGGCUGUUACCGGGAACCGACAAUUGAAGUGAACCCUCACGGGGGAAGAGGAACCUAUCGCCCACCGGAAGCUAUUAACCGAAUAGGAUCAAGGGCCAUGACCAACAAGAUAGGUCGGCGAAGUGAUAUCUGGGCCUAUGGAUGCAUUUUCACUGAAGUACUUGCCUGGGCGAUCGGACGACGCGAAGGUGUUGAAUACUUAGCUCAGGAAAGGCAAAUAGGGAUAACUAAUGACUUUUUCUGGGAUGAACACUUUGGUCAAAGCUUGUCGCCUCAAGCGACAGGUUUCAAAGUACGAGAUUCGGUUGUCCGAUGGCUUGACCACAUUCAAACUUCUCCUGAGAAAGUAGUAGGUGAAUGGGUCAAGACAAUCAAAGACAUCCUCAUCAUCGACAAGGAGAGCAGGCCCAAAGCGCAGAAGCUUGUUACAUAUGUUACGAGUGUGUACAAACCAGGCGAUGUGCCUCGAGAUCCCGAUUCGCAGCCCAUCGGAUCCCCAGUCGAGCCCUCAUCCAGGCAGUCACCCAUCGAUCCAGUGAGCCAUCCAGUCCGCCAUAUAAUCCACCAUACAGUCAACCAUCAAGUCCGGCAUCCAGUCCGCCUUCCAGUCCGCCGUUUAGUCUGCCAUCCAAUCGAAUGCCAAACCAUCGAGAACUUCCCAGAGGGCAAGGUCCCAAUAGCAGUAGUGUCAAAUGACAAAGUCGAAGUACUCAGUUUGGACCUUUCGCAAAGAGAGAUCAGAGAGGUCCAAUUUCUAGCACUUUUCGGAAAGUUAGGAAAUGCCGAGGUUGUCAUCGAAGGUCAGUACCUCGCAGUUUGGGGGUUCUGUAAGGAGGAGGGGGAAAGGAUGCGCAUACUGAAAUUGCCCGACUUGGAACAAACAUUCACGCAAGCUAUAUUCAACGCUAGGGGUGACUUCUUGUUUGCGUGGGCAAGGAGCUCAAAGAAAGAGUCUCUGUACGUCUGGAAAAUUGAAGGGUUGGCUGAUGAACCAGAUUUCGCUGUUCACUAUUCUCUGAAUAGGUACCUUGCUGUUACCCUGAAUCAGCAGCGUAGUGAAUCGCACGGCAUUGAACCAGAGCGCAUCGAGCGCCCGUUCGAUACUUUGAAUGUGACGGGCCGUGAAGUUCUGGAAAUUCCGAAGAGCUUCAAGCUGGCCAGCAAAGUACGGGCCUAUGAGCAGCAGGGGGUAGUAACGGUGGUAUUAUGGAACGAGACCAGCUUAUUCAUAUCUGAUCUACCUCCCAGUGAUAGAAAUCAUUGA